AUGUCUAAAUUAUUAGCUUUAGCUUUAAUACUCUCACUUUUAGGUACUGCUUUAGCUCUUUAUGACAAUAACUCUAAAGUCAUUAAGCUCAACAAAAGCAGAUUUUAAAACGAAGUCAUUAACUCAAAAGAACUUUGGCUUGUUGAAUUCUUUGCCCCUUGGUGUGGUCACUGUAAGAGCUUGGCUCCUGAAUGGGAAAAGGCUGCUAAGGCCCUUGAAGGUAUCGUAAAAGUCGGUGCUGUUGAUAUGACUACUGAUCAAGAAGUUGGAAGCCCUUACAACAUUUAAGGUUUCCCCACUAUCAAGUUCUUUGGUGAUAAUAAGUCUAAGCCCUAAGAUUACAACAGUGGAAGAACAGCAAAUGAUUUAAUUAACUACGCCUUAAAUGAAGCUAAGAGUAUUGCUCAACGUCGUUUGAGUGGUGGAAGCAGCUCAUCUGGAAACAGAUAAUCAGGAGGCUCUAAGGGUAAUGCUAAUGCUGAUAAUGAUGGUGAUGUUGUUGUUUUAACCGAUGAUAACUUUGAUGCCAAUGUAGUUGGAAGCAAAGAACCUUGGUUCAUUGAAUUUUAUGCCCCUUGGUGUGGUCACUGCAAGAAUUUAUAACCUGAAUGGAAUAAGUUAGCUACUGAAAUGAAGACUGAAGGUGUUAAGGUUGCUAAGGUUGAUGCUACAGUACAUCCUAAAGUUGCUCAACGUUUUGGAGUUAAUGGUUAUCCCACCAUUAAAUUCUUCCCUGCCGGUUUCUCCAGUGACUCUGAAGCUGUUGAUUACAAUGGUGGCAGAGAUGCUUCUUCAUUGGGAAGCUGGGCUAAGGAGCAAAGAGAUGCUAAAAAACCUAUUAUGUUCACUCAACUUCUCAAUCAAUCUAUUUAUGAUGAAUACUGCACUAACAACUCUGGUGUUUGCAUUAUCUUCCUUCUUCCUCAUAUUUAUGAUUCUUCUGCAGCUCAAAGAAAUGGAUACAUCAAUUUAAUUACUGAAAUCGCCCAAGCUAAUAAGGGAAGACCUAUUACUUACUUAUGGAGUUAAGGUGGUGAUUAAUACGAUUUCGAAGAAAAGCUUAAUGCUGGAGGCAGUGGUUAUCCUUCUGCUAUGGCAAUUUCUCAUAAGAAAAAUCUCUACCAAAUCUUUAAAGGUUCUUUCAAGAAGAAAGACUUAGAUAGCUUCAUUUCUGGAUUACUAACUGGUCGUGGUAGCUUCUCUACUUUACCUACUCUUCCUAAAAUCAAAAAGGUUAAGGAAUGGGAUGGUUAAGAUGCUGAAUAAUAACAAACUGAUAACAGCGAUCUUUGA